AUGAGCAUGAACAACACGCAGAAACAAGAUGGCCUUGAGAUACCAGUGAGCGACCCCCAAGGCGUGUACGUGCCUCAAGAGGAAUACCAGAGCCUCCUUGCGAUUGCCCACCAGUAUGUCUACCUACGUCAGAAUCUCAUCGCACAAGGGCUGAACGAAGCAACUGUGGAUUCUCUCUGCCUUCAGAAGCCAGCUGGAGAUGCGCCUCCCUAUGCCCCUGAACAGUUUGAACCAUCGCCACCGGCAACAUUCACUUGCAAAGAACAAACAUCUACUUUCCCAGUUCAAUCGAAUACCGCUUCGGGAUGCCCUACUGAAGAUCAAGGACUUCGGCUGAACGGGAGUUGGCAGCCUAAUGCGUCGUAUCGAUCCUCAACCUAUCCGGGUGGCUCGAUCAACCACAAACGGCCUGUGUAUUUCCAGGGCAACAAAAGGCCAGAAAUUAAGGAAUGGUUUGAGCGCUCUGCGCAGAGGUCAGUCCUGCUCCUCAAUGUACCUGAUGGCGUCACACAUGGGGAUGUUGCUGCGGUUAUUCGAGGAGGUCCCGUACUGGAGAUUUUUCUUCGAAGUAAAGAUAACACUGCCACGGUCUCCUUUUUGCACGAGGCUGAUGCCUGUGCUUUUAUUGAGAACUGUCGUGCAGCCGGUUUGUACAUCAAAGACCGGAAGUUCACCCUCAGUGGCCAGGUUGCCCAUCAUAUUCGUAAGGGUGGCUCUCGUAACUUCGUCAUCCGCAAGCGGGACCCCAACCUCACUACUCAGGCUAUCCGCGAUGAUCUGGAACACAUUCACAAUCUUCAUGUGAUCAGCAUCGAGUUUGAGAAGGACAGCUGUUUCAUCAGCACCAAUGCGGUCCAUGGAGCUAUUUAUGCUCGAACUUGUCUUCAGAGCCGAGUAGAGUACAGAGCCUCUCGUAUUGAAUGGUAUGCGGAUGAAUGUGCGCAGCCAUUUCGGAGAAUAUCGUCUGCAUUUCACGCUCCCGUCCCUGAUGUGAAGCCGCAGAGAAGUGUCAUUACCGCCCAUCCAUCACGCAAGGACCUCAUGGGAAACCGUUUCCAGCUGUUGGAUCUUUCUGAUAGUGAGGGAAGUAAUGGGGAUGAUUCAUCUGACGACUCUUUUUGA